AAGUGAUAACUCAAUUCAACACCAAGUUAACGUGUGUAACUCUGGUCUCAAGUCAUGCACUAACUUAAACUCAAUAGCCAUGGAUUCAGCCGAUGCGUUGUUAAGUCAAUGUGUUUUGAAGCCUGGAUUCCAAAAGGGAUACAAAGUCCCUGUCAAUAACAAAAGCAAAACGGUUGUUAAACGUGAUAAAAAGAGACAAGAAGCUAAAACUAAAGGUCCAAAUUGGUUCAACUUACCAGCGACCAAAAUUACAGAUAGCGUUCGUCAUGAUCUUGAUUUAAUUCGAAUGAGAUCAGCAUUAGACACGAAACGGUUUUACAAAAAAAAUGAAACUGAAGCAUAUCCAAAGUAUUUUCAAAUUGGUACAGUUAUUGAUUCUCCGUUUGAAUGCAAAUCUGGCCGAUUGACUAAUAAACAAAGGAAGAAAACAAUGGUGGAUGAACUCUUAGCCGAUGCUGAAUUUAAACAAACAACAAAGAAAAGAUACAAAGGUAUUCUCAUGGCUAAUCCAAAACUAGCACUAAAAGUUCGAAAAGAAAAUAGAAAAAUGAAGAAAUUAAAGAAGAAAAGAAAAUAAUUAUUUUCGUUAUAAUUGUUUUUAAAUUACCUACAAUUCAUUUUGGGUUUAUUGUUGUGAACUAUCAUUUAACAUUAUGUCUGAUAAGUGACUAAAUGUGAUAAAAAAAUUAUAUAAUUAAAUACAGAAUUUUUUUUUUUU